AUGGGAAGUGAAGUAAUAAACCCGACCAAGCCAAGGUUCGAUCUAACCAUGUCGAAAAGAACCCGAAAACCAUGGUCAAGUCUCAUCAACGAUAUGCAUCACCAAGAUACCCAAAGCUCACAACUGAAACCAGAUAAAGAACAAGACAAAGACCAAGAGAUUGAUCGUAAGAGUUUGAACAAUCUGAUGAGGUGCGAGGAAGAAUCGAAUGGAGAAGCUAAUGUUAACAACAAGAGCUCUCUCGGGGACAACGAGGGGAUCAAUCAGAUGAUGCAAUUGGUGGUUAAGAAAGAGAAGCAAUAUGGUGAAAAUGGAAUGAAAUUCAAAGGUAUGAUGGGUCGAUAUGUUAAGGUCUUGAGCAGUUUGAUAAAAGCCAAACGUGACCGCAAAAGAUCGGUCGUCCGGUUUAAAACUUGA